UUUCGUUGGAACAUUUUCAAUAUAUGUAGCAAAAUGUCGCAAUUAAACAAUAUUCUGUCUCGUAUUGGCGAGUUUGGCCCGUUCCAAAUACGUGUUUAUCUUUUAUUGAAUUCCCUGGCCAUUUUUAGAUGUUUCCAAAUGUAUUUAUUGGUAUUUGUCGGGGACAAACCGCAAUGGAAUUGCCUAGUUGAUGAUCAUCCUUUGGAUACAAAAGAAAAAUUUCCCUGUUUACAGAAUGGUUCCUCGUGUGAAAAUGUACAGUUUAGUGGUGAAUUCACGUCGAUCGCAAGCGAAUGGCGGCUCAUUUGCGACGAAGAAUACAAGAGGAGCCUCGCCAGUGCAAUAGUUAUGGUGGGCUGUCUUGUUGGCGCUGUACUGUUUGGUGGAAUGGCGGAUAAACGGGGAAGAAAAUCGACAAUUAUUCUGUUGUAUUCAAUCACUUCAAUCAGUUGUGUUGCCAGUGGGCUGGCUCAGACUUACCGACAGUUUGUGCUAUUCAGAUUUAUCACAGCUGUCAUGUUGAAUGGCAGCAGUACUGCUGUAUUUGUGCUCAUUUCUGAAACUGUUGGACAAAGCUCAAAGGGUAUGUUGGUACAUUUAUGCCCUAUGGGGACGUAGCGAAGGGAGGGUGUAUGUAGGAAGUGUAACACCCUCUCUCCCCAACAUGUACCCCUGCAGAAAUUUUUGGAAUUUCCCCUGCCCCUUCACAAAUUAAAAAAAAAAAAUUGACCCCUUGGAAAUUUUUUUUUUUAAAAAUUUGACCCCUUCGGAAAUUUUCCUUUUUACAAUACCCCUUGUAAAUUUCAGACCCCCUUCGGAAAAUCUUGUCAACAGGGGGGUGUGGAUGGGCCCCUUGUUUUUGAUAACACAAAUUUAUUGCUUGUCAAAUGUUUGUAUAUGUCAUAAUCUUCAAAACCACUCUUGGAAAUGCCAUUACAGAGGGUUAAAAUUUCAAAACAUUCAUGCACAGAUGCCCCCGGACACCACAUAUCAGAAUAUCAGAACCCCAAGUUUGUGUGAUCAACCUCGGCCUCCGGGCUUGAUUAUUAUUCUCCAUGUCAUGCUCAACCUCAUUCAGUAAAGGCCUAUAUUUCCAUUCAGGAAAAUUGUCAGCAUCUCAUGAGAUUUUGUAAAAUGUGAUUGGUCAACACAUUUUACGUCAAAAAAAAAUUUUGAAGUUGAAAAUUUUCAACUUAUUUUUGAAAUUUUUCUUGAAUGGAAAUGGGCCUUUAUAAUUGUUAAUAUUUCAAUAUUUUAGAUAUGCUACUGACAGCUUACCAGGGUUUCUACUCAAUUGGCUAUGUAAUAUUGAGUUUGAUUGCCUAUUUCAUUCGAGACUGGCGAUAUCUGACGAUGACAGUGUCAUUUCCGAUUGUAUUUUGUUCAACGUUUCUUUUGCGAAAUGGUCUUUGCGAAUCCCCUCAGUGGCUGGUGGAAAAUGGGCGAAUUGAAGAGAGCAAGCAGCUGUUGAGAGAAAUUGCAAAAACAAAUGGAGCCGACAUCUCGGAGACAUUGCUUGAAAAGCUGUCCAACGAUGUGCCCAAGGCUAACCUGAGAACUAACCAAAAUAACACAAGUGUAUUUGCACGACCAGGUUAUGUUAAAAAGGCAUUAAUUUUGUCUGUAAUUUGGCUAUUCCUUUCAAUGAUGUACUCUGGUUUAUCAUUUCUCUCUGGCAGCCUGAGUACUAACAAAUACUUGAGUUUCGGCUUAUGUGGAUUAGUUGAGAUCCCUGCUUUGUUACUGAGCAUGUGGAUUAUAAAAUCUGGCAGAAGAAUACCAUUACUUACCCUUGCUCUGUUUGGUUCCUUAGCGUGUUUGGUAUGUGGAUGGUUACAGGGCGGUGACCAGUCACAAGGUGGUUUCUUCAUCAUGGCAUUGGCCUUACUUGGAAAAUUUGCUGUUGCAGCUUGCUACAACAUAAUCUAUAUAUUUUCAGCAGAACAAUUUGGUGCAUCUGUACGGAGCUUUUCCAUGGGUAUAUUUUCAACCGCAGCUAGUAUAGGUGGUGUUUUGGCCCCACUGGUUAUAGGGUUGGAGGUGUAUGAUAAGAGAAUUCCUAUGCUUAGUUUUGGUAUUGGUGCUAUACUAGCUGCUAUAUUUGUAAUGACUUUGCCAGAGACUGUGAAGGUUCGUAAACCUCACAAAAAGACAAGUUAAUGAGAUUUAGGGAAGUGAAUAAUUAAGCUGCAGAGCUUCCCCAUUGACAAGUAAAAUUGUGUGGCGUUAGACAAGUAAAAAAAAAAGUAGGGCGCAUGUGCCUCAAUGGGUUAACUAGAUACAUUUUUGGUUAAACCCAUUAAGCUGCAGAGCUUCCCCAUUGACAAUUAGUAAAAUCGUCUGAUGUUAGACAAGUAAAAAAAUAAUUAGGGUGCAUUGCGGCUCAAUGGG